CCACAAGUUUAAUAAAUACAAAAUACAAAGUGAGACAAAAGGACAGAGUGUAGAUAAAGGAGCCCGGUCAUUUCCAGAAAGUCAAACAUUUGAGCGCCUGACGAAGGAAACAAUGUGUCUCCUAAAGUUGGUGCUAGGUCUGACCUUGGUCGCUCUGGUAAAAUCCAAUGAGUGGUGCUACACUGGCUGUGGUCACACUCCAGAGCAUUGGGAAGCCUUACCUGGAUCUCACUGUGGAGGAGAAAAACAAUCUCCAAUUGAUAUUGUCACCAGCAUCGUUACCAUUGACCCAAAUUUGGAUAAUUUCAUCUUUGUUAAUUUCUCCUCUCAAUCCGCCAUCAAGAAUAUCACAAAUAAUGGACAUUCAGUGCAAUGUGACAUUGAAGCGAAUGAAGUUGAAGUGAGUGGAGGUGGACUUGAUGGUGAAUAUUCUGUACUGCAGUUUCAUUUCCACUGGGAUGUAGCGAACCAUUCAGGUUCAGAGCACGCUUUAGACGGUCAUCAUUAUCCAAUGGAGAUGCACAUAGUCACUGCAAAGAAAGGAGUUCUCCUGAAUGAGACUCUUAAUCAUGAAGAUGGACUUGCUGUUCUUGGGUUUUUUAUUGAUGCAACAGAAGAUGGAAACUUAUCUUGGCCGUGGGAAACGUUUACAUCCUACCUGAAAGACGUCACAGAGGAGGGCUCUAGUGUGAAAGUGGACAACAUCACGAUUGAUGAUCUGAUUGGUAACGUGGAUCUCACAAAGUUUUAUCGAUACAUGGGCUCUCUGACUACACCCUACUGCCACGAAGCCGUCGUGUGGACGCUCUUUCACGAGCCCAUAAAAGUUCACAAAGAUUUACUUCUGCAUUUUUCCACUGAGAAUAGCAUCGCGCCAAACUACAGACCUACACAACCUCUUAAUGGACGAAUCAUCACUGCCUCCCCCGCAGCUCCUCCAGCUCAUCUGUGGUGCUAUGAGGACCACUGUGAUUACACGCCGUCUCAUUGGUCUAAUCUGCCCGGCUCCUACUGUGGUGGUGAAAGCCAGUCACCCAUCGACAUCAGCACUGACAGCGUUGUGGAGAAUGAAAAUCUCAAUUCCUUCACCUUUACUCAUUUUGACAACAAACAUGCCAUAAAGUCUAUCACCAACACAGGCCACACAGUGCAGUGCGUGUUGGAGGACGGACUGGUGGAGGUAUCAGGCGGGGGGUUGAAUCACGUCUACUCAACUCUUCAGUUCCACUUCCACUGGGGAACCGAAUCAGCCGAUUCUGAGGGGUCAGAGCACACCGUGGACAAGAAACGAUACCCAAUGGAGAUGCACAUCGUGAGCAAGAGGAAGAAUUUAACAUUGGAGGAGGCACUAAAUACUCCAGAUGGCCUGGCAGUGCUGGGGUUUUUAAUUGAGGCUCCACAAUCUCCUAGAAGCAUGUCCUCCUCAGUUCCUGCAGAAACACCGUCGCCCACACCAAGUUCUGCCUCUGACAUGGAAGCCUGGAAAACUCUGACCCGUUACCUGUCGGAUAUCAAAGACAUCGAGUCAGAAGUCGAAGUCACAGAUGAGAUUUCUAUCGAUGACUUGCUUGGCAACGUGAACCGUGACUCAUUUUUCCGCUACAGCGGCUCCCUCACCACGCCUUCCUGCAACGAAGCCGUGGUUUGGACCGUCUUUAAAGAAUCAGUUAAAGUGGACCAAGACCUGAUGGCGCUGUUCCCGGAGAAUGCAGGAUAUCACAACGUCUUCCGGCCCGGUCAGUCUCUUCAUUCCAGAAAGAUCUACACCACGGCUGCAGCACCCGGCCCCGGCCCCGGACCCGUCGCCGGCCCCGGCCCCGGACCCAGCCCCGGUCCCGUCUGGGUUUACCUGCUGCUGCCAUGCCUCUGCGCUCUCUCCUGUUAAGGUCCACUUGUGAAAAACCAGAGUUAAAAAUGUGAAUUAAAACAAUUAUUCCUUAAAGAUUAUCUGCUUGCAAAUCCAAAUGUAACAUUUCAUCAGUAGUAAUGAUGUUGCUGAAGCCUGAGAGGUGGAGCGGGAUUUUAAAUCUGUUUUGUUAUGUCACAUCUCUACAAUUUAUAUUUAUGAUUUUGCUGUUUGCACAAUAAAUGAAAAUAGAAGUUAAUGUAAAGAUUUUAAAGUAGCCAUCGUUUAACGUUUCUUAAGUAAUAAUACAGAUUCUGCCUUGUGUAUCGUUGUUUCAAAUGAUAUGAUAC